AUGGAGGAGCUGAUCAGCAGCGGACUGGCGGGGAUGGACGAUGCCAGUGCCACCAGAGAGCAGAGGGAGGAGAAGAUGAAGGAUGUGAGGAGGGAGAACCAUGAUGAGUAUAUUAACAGCACACCUCCUCCAUGUCCAUGUCCGCUGCCGCCGGCGGCGCCGGAGACGACGACGCAGGAGGAAGAGGAGGAGGAGGAGGAGGUUUACAGGGAGGAAGAUCGGAUCGCCAGGUGCCGCGGGCUGUGGGAGAGCCGCUUCACCGGCAAAUUUGGCUCCUUCGACGACCAGACAAGUCUUGGUCCCAUGCGGUUUACAUUCGGACCCAUCCCGAGCUACGCGAGGCCUCAUUGUACCAUCCAGAUCUUCGGCAUCCGGGUGGCCGACUUGGAAGACCGCCUCCAGUGGCCGCUGCAUGUCCACGGCUUUCUCGCCGCCAGGGACACCUCGGAUCACAAUCGCAACUUCCUCUUCAACCGCACCAGUGAUAACUGCCAGGUCCUCACCCAACAGGAUCCAUACCUACUGCUGACAGGCCCGCCACGCGCGAUCGUGAUCAUCGACCCGAUCACGAUCGAGUUCCAGCUGAAGGUGAAGAGCAAGAUGGACCCCAAAGAGGACGAGAUGCUGGCCUUCGGGAUAUUCAACUACCCCCAGACCUACCUUGCCACACAUGUGAUCCGCUCGGGCAUCCUCUGCGACCGGUGCACGAUCGAGCUUGCCUAUGCGCCGCUGGACCCCUCGGUCGAGGCGACCGUUAUCGGUGUCCGGAUCAUCGAUGGUGUGUGGCUAGAGGGUCUCCGGGGGCGCGUCGUCGCCGAGGUCACAACCGUGAGGGAAGGAGAGGUGCUGCUGCUCGACUCCCGGGAAGGGAAGAUGCCGAUCAGCCCUUCGGCCGGUGCGGUCGAGCUCUCGAGGCGUAUCGUGUCGGUGGACCUCGAGGGGGGGAAGCUGGUUGUUUCCGUGGUGGCGUCCCCUCAGACCGCUGCGAAAGAAGAAGGCGAUGAUGGUGGUGGCGCUGCCGUCGUUGUUGCGCGAGGCGAGGCCGUGUUCGCACCGGAGAGGGCCGGCACGAGCAAUGGCACUUGCGAUCUUGGCUUCUGCAAGGUGGAGGUUGCUGUUGCAUGGUCUCUUGUUUCGAGCUUGUGGAAUGAGCGGCGUGCCCUCGCGAAACUCGCGGAGGAGAGGGCAUGA